GCGGAGGCCGGAGGAUCGGGCGGCGGCGGCGGCGGCGGCUGAGAGGGCGGCGGCGGGAGCGGAGCGGGACGAGGGAGCAAGAGGAAGCGAGCGAGGAGCGAGCGGAGUGCGCCUAGCCCCGCCCGCCCUUCAGCCCGCCUGAGCAGCUGGAGCAGCUCGGGCCCUCAGCCGCCGCCGCCGCCCGCCUGCCCGCCCGCCGGACAAAGCCCGAGAGUCCGCGCCCAGAGCCAUGUCCUCGUCCGCCGGCAGCGGCCACCAGCCCAGCCAGAGCCGCGCCAUCCCCACCCGCACCGUGCCCAUCAGCGACGCCGCGCAGCUACCUCAUGACUAUUGCACCACGCCCGGGGGGACGCUCUUCUCCACCACACCGGGAGGAACUCGAAUCAUUUAUGAUCGAAAGUUUUUGUUGGAUCGUCGCAACUCUCCCAUGGCUCAGACCCCGCCCUGCCAUCUGCCCAAUAUCCCAGGAGUCACCAGCCCUGGCACCUUAAUUGAAGACUCCAAAGUAGAAGUAAACAAUUUGAACAACUUGAACAAUCAUGACAGGAAGCAUGCAGUUGGGGAUGAUGCUCAGUUUGAGAUGGACAUCUGAUUGUCCUUCGAGGAUCAGAAGAAAAGCAGCAACACUGAUAUAUGUGUGUCCCUGAUUUGGCUGAUAGGAUCAUCGAUGCAAAGACAGAAGAGGCAGUACCAGCAAUCCCCGUUGCUGUCUCCUCCCUCUCCUCCUCCCCCUUGUGCCAAAGGAUGCAAAGAUGAGCUGCAUCUGACCAUUUCUUCUCCCUGUUUCCUGUUCCCCUUCCCAGUUAGACAGUUAGAUUGAAGACUCUUGACAUAUUUCUGUAGAACUAAGCAGCCCAUAGAGGAAAACAGUUAAACUCUGGUCCCCCCCACCCAUUUUUUUUUUUAAUCCCAAAUCCAUAUCAACCUACUAAUAACUCAUUGGCUGGGAAGUCUGGGGAAGUGAUACAGAGGUUUGAUGGGUUUGGCAUCAUUCCUGUUCUUACUGUCUCUCCUCACUGUCCUGCCCAGGUUUCAGUCUUGCAAGAGCCUAGGUGUGGGGGUCUUGAAAACCAUUGGAGGGAAAUGGUAAACAGGAAGAGAGCUGCUUUCCCUUUUACCUUGUGGUGUUUGUCCCUGGGGAUAGUACACACUUGGUACAACUCGAGUAGCAUUACCCUGGGGCACUGUUUUGAGGUCCACUUCCCCUGCUUCCUCUGGGAGGAACGUACUCUGUCUUUAGUGUGAUAGUUCAUCUUCCCAUUCCUUUACUUCACACAGUUGUGCAGACAUUUUUUAAUUCUGCGUCAGAAGGGAGUGCCCUGUCACCAGUUGUUCUCUGCUCCCCUUCUCCCAUCCCUCCCUGCUUACAUCUUGUUGCCUGUGGUCCUUUUGUUCCCUGAGCUAUCCAGGUGAUUUCUCCUGCUCCCGAGCAGAUCCCUUCCCCGGGACAGAAGCACUUUGGAUAAGGCCUGACAGUACACUCUGCGGGAUGAUGCCCGAGAACGACCUCGGCAGACGCUGAACCGUUUGAGUACCCUACCCAGGCUCAGUCGUCAUUGCUUCUCAGUCCAGUGAGCAUUGCGAUAUUUAUUGUCUCCGAUCUUUGAAUUUAAAGUUGACUUUGAGAGUGCUCUUAGCAAAGAACUACUCUUUUUUCCUUUGUGGACCUGCUUUCUUUGGCUGCUGAGAUAGAUAAGCAUGGGCUUAAAAAUAUGUGUUCCUUCCGUUUUCUUACCUUUCCCAUGGUACUCUGAAUUCCCCUGUCUUUCCCUUCCUCCUUCCUUUUUCUCUGCCAGGCCAUUUUUCAAAUGUACAUCCAGGAUACCUCACCUGUUGGUAUCUGAUAAGAUCUGUCACUCCUCUUAUCUGAGGAGUGACCUUUUAUUUUUAAGAUGAGUACAGACCUAUUUUUAGAUAAGUUUUCAGUACAAUUUUGAACAGCAACUUUUUAAUUGUACAUCUUCCGGUGUUAGGAAGGUGAGAACUGUUCCUUGGCGAGUCUGCUGCUCCAUGUCACUAGCCCUUGCCUCCCCCGGUCCCGUGUGAGCUUGUUCCUCUUGCUCUAGCGUUGGCUGUGCUCCUCUGGAGUUUGUAGUGGAUGGACUGUGAGACUGGGCCAUUCUGCCUUCCCUGGGUUGUCCAUGGUCGCCUCAUUCUCUCCCUUUACCCUCUGCUGCUUCGUUCCCCACCCCAUGGUCCUGACUGUUGACUGGCAUGGGAGUCCUGGGAGAGUGACUCCCCUCACGAAAGACAAGUAAAAUAGCCACUGGUGUCCUGGGAAUUUCUGAUUGGAUUUGGUGCUCCGAACCCUCUUUUUAAGAGAUCAGAUCCCAGGGUGAGAGUACCAGGCCAAUUCACUAAGACGGAAAGCUGUUUUUCUUUUGAACUCUUGAAAAGACCCUGUUUGUGCAAACAUUUUAGAAGAGAGGGAGGAUGUCUGAGGAACUUUGUUCUGUUUUCUGCUACAAAAUGUGAAUAGUUCAAAGAGUGAAACCUUUUGUGAUGGUUGAUGUCUCAGGAAUAAGCUGGAUCUCCAUGGUUUUGGAGAUGCUUUCAGUCUCAAGAAUUGAUGAUCAGAAAAAGAUUUCUUACGUGCUUUUUUAAUGUAUCUCUGUUCUGAUUUUUAUUAAACUCCAAAUUUCACUUUACUUACUCUUGAAGAACUUAAGGUGUGUUGGUAAUUUCCAUGACAAGCUUGCACAGGACUUCAUUGUCCCCUGGGAGCUUGAUUCUUUGGGAAUGAAGCUUGCUUUCUCCACAUCCUCUGGAACGUGACUCCACUACAGUGCGUAGUCAGUCUGUCAGUGAGCAGAGUGCGUGCCCUGCUGGGUCUUUACUGCUGCAUGUGAAAACUUGGCUCCCUCAUUGAAGAAUGGGUAAUUAAAACACCAGCUUGAGUAGUCUCACGACACCACGAUCCCCUUUUCGCUAUCUUGAGGAGUCCGCACGUGGCCUCCUAGUCAGAGGCUGUGUCUCCAGUAUGUCUUGGGAGCAUCAGCUGCAUAACAUAGCAGCUGCCCAUCCUGUACCCGUCUCUGUAAGGAUCUCCACAGUGCUUGGCGCAGCUCUUUCCUGGAGGCCACUAGAUUUACCUUGGCCUCCAUAAAUCGGCGUUUUAAAGAUAAUCUCACAAGGUAAUAGAUAAACUUUCAACAGAUGAAACCUUUGUGCCAUGCCUCAUAGACUCAUUUUUCAGGGCAAGUCAGAAUCCAGUAGGUGGUUUACUCCUGGGUGCGUUUGUAUGCUCAAUAGCUCAGUUAUGUCUGACUCUUUGUGACCCCACCAGACUCCGCUAUCCAUGGGAUUUCCUAGGCAAGAGUAUUGGAGUGGGUUGCCGUUUCCCACUCCAGGGGAUCUUCCCGACCCAGGGAUUGAACCCACAUCACUUGCGUCUCCUGCAUUAGCAGGUGAAUUCUUUACUACUGAGCCACCUGGGAAGCCUCCUGAGUAUUUGGAAGGAAUCAUUUAAGAGUUGAAGCCCUAAAUGAAUAAUCUAUCUGGGCCUUUUCCUGGAGAGGGAACACCCUUAGGGUAUCAUUUAAGUGAGAUGGUUCUUAAAAUCUUACUAAUUAUUUUUACUUUUCUCCUUAGGAGAAAACCAUGUUUCUGUACUUCUGGGGACAAUCCAUCUUAAUGAGAAAUGACCUCCUCCCUCCAAAUUCCAGCAGGAGAUGUGCAUUGUCAUGGUUCUACCUCCUUCAUAGUGUGGUGACUUGAGUUCACCACUCUCUCGUAUCCUGUGUAAAUAGCCACUGUGUUCUCUAAAGCACAGUGUAGAGAAGCCAGCUUCUACCUAUUAAGCUUCCAAGCCAAGAGUUUUAUCCUUUAUCUUUGUUAUCUAUUGCUAUUUAACAGGUUAUCCCCAAACUUAAAAUCUCUUUUAGAGCAGACAUUAUCUGUCAGUUUCUGUGGUUAGGACCUGGAAAGCAGCUUAGCAUGGUGAUAUUGGCACCAUAGGAAGUUGCAGUCAAGACUUCAACAGGGUCUACAGUCACUUGGGCCUUGAGAAUCCACUUCCAGGCUCUCUUUGUGAGCAAGAUGCCUCAGUUUCUCCCUGUGUGGGUCUCUUUAAGGCAGCACGAGUGUCCUCACAGCAUGGCAGUUGUCUUCCCCUGAGCACACAAUCCCAGAGUGGGCAAGGAGGAAUCUGCAGUGCCUUUUAUGUUAGUCUUUGAAUUCAAAUCAUUAUACCUUCCUAUCCUGUUCCUUAGAAGCAAGCCACUAAGCCCAGCUACACUCAGGGGAACUGGGGUUACACCCCACCUAGGGAAUGGAGCAGUGUCAGAGAAUUUGUGGAUAUACCUUAACACGACCCCUCCCCCAACAGAGGGUGAAACUCGGUCAGCAAGAAGGGCUAGGUUUAAACUAGAUGCUAUACUGAUGGUGGUGUUGCUGAGAAUAGUUCUCUAAGAUGUACAUCAACAAACAGAUGAAAAAUGGACUGUCCAUAACCACCUGCCAGUUUUCAGAGGGUUGGCAAGAAAUGGCAAUUUAUAGGGUCAUAUUUGUACAUUUUCCUGUUGUAUACUACCAGUGGCCCAAGGAUGCUUAAGUCCUUGACUUGAACCUCUAAAAGACAAUACUGCUUGCUCAUUUUCUCCUUUAGCCAGGAAUUGGCAAAGGGCAUUGGAUCCUUCUCGUUGAGCCACUCAGAUGGAUCAGUCGGGGUUGUCAAACAAAGGCAGCAAACGUGAAUUAGAAGGUGGGUUACUGGGCUGAAGAAUAGCUAACCAUUCAGAUUCAGAGUAACGUAGCUGAUAGUAUCCAGAAGCCAGGUCCCCACCAGCUGAUGCUUGGCACCUGCUCUCUCAAACCACGCUGACUAAAGCAGACUGGGGUCAGGUCUCCCACCCAAAAAGCCACCUCAGUAAAUGGGGGGACAUCUGGGAAUAAGAGAUAGCUGUCUGUGCUUGAUCUUUACAUCCAGUAAAAGUUAACUCUGCACACUUGCCUCACCCUGGGCUUCCUGAUGGAAACAGGUUCUUAGAACUAAUCGUGUCUUCACCCUUGAGAGAAGCUUCGAUGAAGCUUGUCAGUAUAGCACAUUUUUAGUGAAUGUCCUGUGUCCCUGGCACCGAUGCCAAGUUUUUGGGGAUUUCAGACAUCUUAAGGAUGCAAAUUCUUUAGAUUUACGCUCUGACAUUUCCCAGCAUUUUCUUAUCUAUAGCCCUGCUUGCUUUAGAGUAUACUUGAAUAAAAAGCAAUGCUGCUAAGGCAGCUAUUUAAAAAAAAGAAGAAAAGGUACUUCUAGAAUAAGGAACUUGUCUUUAAAGCACCUUCAAACGAAAUUUUUUUACUUCUGAUUUUAAGGUGGAGUCAAAAUAGAUGGUCUUUAUUUUUGCUGUCUGGGUUACCAGCUCUUUGCAUCUCUCAGACCUCAACUUCCCAGUUCAGACAUUUCCUGCUAGAUAUGUGGGCUUUACCCCAGAGGCUGUUGCUUAGCCAGUGCCUGCUUUGCAUCAAGGCACCUGGUGUAAGGUGCUCAUUGAAUUGGGAGCAAUAUUCCAGAAACAAUCCUUUUCUGUUACCUUGGAGACUUGAUGGGGUGUCAGUAUCCUGGCUGUUUGAAGCCAGGGCCCUCAGCCCCUUACAUUCCCCUGCAGACAGGAGACCCAGUCCUUGUCUUUCUGGGUCAGAACUUACUCUUCUUAGCAUGUCUCUGGACUAUAUGCACAUGGGCAGCUAUUUAUUAAUCUGCGAAACCCAAUCUCUUACCUAUACAUGGCAUCUAGGAGGGGUUAGUGUCUGUUUUAAAGAAGCAGUGUUUACUUGGGAGGGCAGUUUCUGUCUGGACUUCACAGGGGGCAUAGUUACAAUACAGUGGCACCCCUACCAUCACCAACUUCUUUACCUCCCAGCUUUAAAUAAAAGAUGACAUCAGAUCUUGAGGCACCUGGGUCACAAUUAUUUAGAAUGCUUACACCCCGGGCACAUUUCUUGUUUUAGUUAUGUGUUCCCUGUUGAGAAUUGGAGUUUCCCUGAGCCUAGCUCAUGACAUUUCUGAUUGCAGUCUAAGGAAUGAUACAGUCAGUACAUGUCACCUUUUCCACCCUGUGGAAUUGACAUUUCUUUCUCUGGAUGGGCCUGGAAGUUGAUACCUUUUGGCAAAGCUUAGAUUUAGGAGAAGUCUUUCAAGUCCCUUUUCAGAUGAUGUGUGGUCUCUCUGCUUCUGCAGCCUGCAGCCCUGGCAGACCAUACUGCCUGGAUCCUGAAUGGAAAAUAGUACUGAGAUGAAACACAUUCUUGGGGUAUUUAAACUUUCACUCUGCCACCUUUCAACGAGUGGGAGGCUGGCAGGGAGAUGCUGCAAUGCUUGAAAUUUGGCCACAUUGAAAUUUCCAAAGGGAGCUCUUGCUGGUGCUUAAAACCAAAAUUUCUGGACAUCUGAGAUUGCGUGAAUCUAGCGGAGUUUCUCUUCUUGCCCGCAGUGUACCCUCUUCCUCUCCCAUCUUAAUCUUUAAAAAAAAAAACCAAGCCCAGGCCAAGGGUCAUUUUUACUUGAAACCAGGAGAGACGGGGAGGAACAGUAGCGCUGAGGGGUGAGCUGUGUGGUGAGGCGUCCUGCUCCUGGUGUCUGCCUCAGUCCCUGAAGACUGCGAGCCAGUGCCUUUCCUUCACCUGGAGACGGAACCCAUCUCUUCUCACCUGGGUGAGGAGACCCUCUGCUGCCCAGGGGUAAACCUUAAAGAGGGUGUCUUAGAGAGCCCAGAGGACACCCACAUGUUCGGGUGUCCAUUUUAAGCAUCUUUGAAAUACUUUCUAUAUUAAAGUGAAAUGCCCUUCCCUGUCUUUGUGCACCAGUGGCCCAGCUCCAUCCAUUCUGAGUGGAAGAGUGGAGACUGCCAGUGCUUUCCUUGGUCUUCCCUUCGUCCCCCUCGAUGUGGGUGUCCCUCCCCCGCCCAUCUCGCUGUCGUGGAUGGCGAGCAGAGGGCGCCGUGUGGUCCCGAGGCAGCCCUGUGUGACUCCACGGUCAGGUGUUUCUGACUUUCCCAACUGUCCUUACAAACCAGCAAGUGUUUGGAAAUUACGGAAAAAAAUUAAAUUUUCACCAACGGUUGCUGUUACAGUUGAAUCAAUAAAGAUCUUGAGUAUCAA